GCGGGCCGCGGAGCGAGAUGAGAUGAAAUUUGAAAUUGGGAGGAAGCCUAGCCGACCGACCACCACGACAAAUCCUCCUCGUUGCUCCUGCUCGUCUUGUCGGCAGGCCGCCAAUCAACCCGAUCGAUCCAAUCCGCCGAUGGCCGCCGCCGCCACCGAGGAUGCGAAGGAGAAGGAGCUCCUGUCGUCGGUGGUGGGCGACAUCCGGAGCUACUCCGGCUCCGACCCUCUCCGCCCGUGGCUCCGGGGGUUGCGGAAGAUGGAGCGGGCGCUGCUGCCGGCGACGCUGCGGGAGAAGCUGCCCAGGUUCCUCCAGAAGUGCGCCCAGGAGUUCCAGGAUGACGCCCGCUACCGCGACGACCCGCGGUACCUCCGCGUCUGGAUCCAGCUGAUGGACUACGUGACGGAUGCAAAGCCAUUGCUCAAGAAGAUGGAGAGGAACGGAAUAGGCCUCAAAAGAGCCUCAUUCUAUAUGGCUUAUGCACUAUAUUAUGAGAAGCACAAGAGGUUCAAUGAUGCAGAGAAGAUGUACUGUUUGGGAAUCCAGAACCUUGCAGAGCCUAUUGGGGAGUUGCACAGAGCACAUGAACAGUUUGGUUUUCGCAUGGAAUCAUACAAGAGGAAAAAUAAAGAAAGAAUGCCCAGGAAACCUGGGUCUAGCGCUGCAUCUAUGAACCAAGUCAAAGGUGAAAGCAGAAACUCUAAAGAACAGAAAUCCAAUACAAAGCAAACGUCAGGAAGUAGUUCUAAUCCUUCAUUAGGCUCUUAUCCUCCAUUAGGGCCAGCUAAAGUUGGUAUGCUCUCCAGAGGAAACUCAGGAGCAAACAAGAAUCUGUCCCGUUGUAAUAGUGAUGAUACUGUAGUUGUACGGUUUAUAGGCUCUGCUUUGGUUGGGAAAUCAGAGACUGAAGAUGCCUGUCACCAUGGCCUAGUUGAACCAACUACAAACACUAAGGAGGCUUUGGAUGCCAUCAAUGGCAUGUUUAUGGAGCCACUGGAACCUGAAACUAUUCUCAAGAGGCGAUCAAAGCGUGAGAACCCAAAUUAUAAUCAGCAAGGAAGUGCAUUUGAUAUCUUUGUUGAUGGCGAUGAACCUAGUGGCAAUGAUACAAAUAUGCUCCAGAACAACAGUGUGAAGCAAGACCAUACAAAAUUAAGUCAGCAAACAAUUGGAUUUGAGAUCUAUGUUGAUGAGGAUGGUCCUAAUGGCAACGACCAAAAUGGAACACAAAACAGGAACUCUAGAAAGGAAAACAUGAAGUUAAAUCAGGAACCAAGUGUGUUUGAGAUUUUUGUUGACGAGGAUGGCCCUAAUGACAACAACCAAAACGCAGGGCGAAACAGGAACUGUGGGAAGGAAAACAUGAAGGUAAAUCAGGACAGCAGUGGGUUUGAAAUCUUUGUUGAUGAAAAUGAGGCUAAUGGCACUGUCCGGAAUGCUAUGUGCUACAAGAGUAAUAGGUAUCCUCCAAGACCAUUAUCUGAGUCAUCUAAGCAUCAAGGCGAAAGUGACUUCCAGAAGCCAUUUGUUGGAGGGUUUGCAAUAUUGCCAAAUGAUGAAGAACAAUGCGAGGAAAGUUAUGGCGGUGCUAACAUAAUUUCCAGAACUGUGCAGCCUACUCAUGACACUAGUACUUUGCUCUGUCCAGUUCAAGGUAAUUCAGGAACAAGGAAUCGUGAAGGUCCUCAUCCUUUGACUUCUGGGAUUCGAGAAGACACUGUCAUUCGUAGGUUUGUUGGGUCCACUAUUGAUGAUGAGCCCAAGGUGGAAAAUGCAUGCCACCAUGGGUUAGUUGAUCCAACUGUCAAUCUAAAGGAAGCAAUGGAUGAUAUAAACAACAUGUUUGGAAAACCACUGAACUUCAAGGGUGAAAGAAUAAAGAGCAAAACUAAUGCACAGUCAGAUGGAAAAGUAGCUUCAGUUUCCGGUUUCUCCAUAUUAGCUGAUGAUGACCUAAAAGAGAACUCCACCAGCAAAUCCAGUCAGAGCAAUUCCUGCAAAUUUGGGUAUGAGAAUGGUCUAUUUGAACCCACAAUCACCACUCGUGAUGUCAUGGCAGAGAUCAACGAUAUGUUUGGAAUGCCACUAGACUUGUAAGAUGCAUGCUUAGAGUGGACUGAAUAACUCAACUGCUAGUUGGACAACUGCUUUCACCUUUCAACUCUCCCCCUGAAAGUCUUGCUGAUGUGAAGAGCAUGGAAUCAAUUCCCUUAUUUCGUGCAUAGAUGGUGGAGAUCACAACACAAUGUUAGGAUUCUCAGGUUAUUCAGCCGCAGAGAACCGCCCAAUGUACCACUUCUUGUGGAGUUGCCACUUGCCACUAAUAUAAUUUAUCUUCUCAAGUGAAGGUUAGAGAGCGUAAUUUGUUACACGCCACCAGAUGAUUCCUGUUGUGCUGUCACAUAACGCCGAUAUAGUGAUUUUGGCUUACAUGUUGACUCAAAACUAUUUUUUUUUAUGCUGAAAAGACUGAGACUUGUGUAUUUGAUGGAAAUUGUAGCAAGCCUGGGUGCAUAUGUUGCUCUGUUCAUCUUA